GGACCCCAAAAAAAAGUAUACUCUCACUUUCAUUUCACUUGUUUAUAUAAUUAGUACUGAUUCCUCCAUUCAUCACCUACUCUUGUUUCUCACUUUUUUUUUCUCUCUCUCUGAGAUGACUGCCAAUUCAAUUUCCAGAUUCUCAAGCAUUUUUGUUUUGAAUUUCACCACAAGUUUGAAACUUUCUUGCUGAUUUUCAAUUUUUGGGCAACCCCAUUUCGAAAUUUCGAAAAAACCAGACGACUCAGAUCAUGAACAAUCGUCCCCGCCGAGUGAAGGAGGAGUUUCCGGCGGCGUCAAGCUCUUCACUUUCCGGCGACCCGCCGCCGCCUCGGCCGUUGGAGGGGCUCCACGAAACGGGUCCUCCGCCAUUUCUGACAAAAACAUAUGAAAUCAUCGAAGAUUCAGCCACCAAUGAUAUUGUCUCGUGGAGCAGAGGUAACAACAGUUUCGUCGUUUGGGAUCCUCAGUCGUUUUCCUUAACCCUUCUCCCUAAAUACUUCAAACACAGCAAUUUCUCAAGCUUUGUCAGACAGUUGAAUACCUAUGGAUUUAGAAAGGUGGAUCCAGACAAGUGGGAGUUCGCCCAUGAAGGCUUUUUGAGAGGGCAGAAGCAUCUUCUGAAGCUGAUUCGGAGGAGAAAAACGCCGCAAUCCAACGCUUCUCAGCAAGCUUCGGACCCUUGUGUCGAAGUCGGAUGGUUCGGGCUCGAUGGAGAGGUUGAUCGGCUGCGCCGUGACAAGCAGGUUUUAAUGGCGGAGCUGGUGAAACUAAGGCAACAGCAGCAGAGCACCAAAACGUACCUUCAAACAAUGGAAAAUCGGCUGAAGAAAACAGAGACAAAGCAGCAACUAAUGAUGAACUUCUUGGCCAGAGCCAUCCAAAACCCAGAUUUUAUCCAACACUUGAUCCACCACAAACACUCCCACAGAGAACUCCAUGAAGCCAUUAACCGCAAAAGAAGACGACACAUCGACCAAGGCCCCUUCCCGGAGGACGACAUCCACGUGGAUGUCGACUUGCUGGACCUUCAGAUCCAGCACCAGCCGCAGGACGAGGCUGAGAAAGGAGAUGACGUGGACGAAUGUGUGGAGAGCGAUCGCUUAGACGACGGGUUUUGGGAGAAUCUGCUGAACGAGGCCAAUGAGGAGGGAUUUGGGUUUGAGGAUCAACAAGAUGAUAAUUAUAAAGAAGAUGAUAAUGGAGAUGACUUUGUUCAUCAAUUUGGAUUCUUCAAUUCCACUCCUUAAAUAGGAUAUAAUAGUAUCACAGAUUAUAUCAAA